UGACUUGGCUUGUAUUGCCAGUGUGCCAGCCGCUGCUCACAUUUUGUCCAUGGACGCCUUGGCGGAAGAUCAAAGAGACGCUGUCAGACAGCUGCAAGCUGUGCUCGACUCGCAGCACUAUGAUACUGACGUCCUUGUCAGCGUAUUGCAAAGUGUUGAUUGGAGUGUCCACAGUGCAAUGGAGCUUCUACUAGACGGUCCCCAUGUGGAUUCAACCCCCUCGUCAAGAAGCACGAUGUCCUCUUUGGACCACGAACCUCAAUUACCUGUUGACCGACCAGAACGUGCAGGCGGCCGGGGACCACCGAGGACCCUCGCCAACACCAUUUUUGCAGUGUUAUCGUUACCCUUCCAUGUUGUUACCGGCAUCCUGCGAUUUAUCCUUGGCGUUUUCCGCAUCCCGUUCUUGUCACUGAACUUUGGUGCCAGCUCGUAUCGACCGCCUAGACAGCCUCACGAUUCCCGUGGUGCGAUCCGCCGCUGGAUAACUACACUAGAGGAGGAGACAGGAGCAUACAAUAUCAAAUCAUCACCCUCAGUCGCUACUGGCCGUGACAGUCAUCCAUCUACCUCGAGGCGUCACGCGUACCCACCGGCCAACCCCGAAACUACUAGAGUAUUACCAGACUUUUUUGAUGGAACAUACGAUGAGGUCUUGGAUAUUUGCCAAAAGGAAGGUAGAAUUGCUUGCGUGAUCCUCGUUUCCGAGGAACACGACGAUGUACCCGCGUUCAAGAGAGUGACCCUUACUGACCCUAAUCUUGUGAGGAUCAUGAACGACAAUAAUUUUGUUAUUUGGGGAGGGGACGUUAGAGACAAGAUUCCUUGGGAUGCUGCGCAGAAGCUCCAAGUCACGACGUACCCUUUUGUUGCAUUCCUUGCUUUGCAACCUCGUCGUAGUACUUCGACGUCUUCAUUUUCCUCUUCGGGACCUGUUCUCACUGUCUUGUCUCGCCACUACGGGCCCUCCGUGCCCGACUCGGGGCCCACCUCCGCACGGUCGCUCAUAAACCACCUGGAGGGACAACUCCUUCCGCGCGUCGACCCAUUCCUCACGCGCUACAGAGACCAGCUUCAAGAGCGUGAGCGUGACAGGUUGCUUCGGGAGCAGCAGGACAAGGCAUACCGAGAUUCCCAGAGACGAGACCGCGAGCGCAUUGAAGCCAAAAUCAGAGCGGAACGGGAAGAAGUGGAGCGUAUCCGCAAGGAAGAAGAAGCGCAGCGUGAGGAAGAGAGGCGCUUGCAAGCGGAGCAGGAAAGGCAGGAAAGCAUUAAGCUCCGUCGUUCCCAGUGGAGGCGAUGGAUGCGCCGAUCUAUUGUUCCCCCUGAACCUCGAGAUGGUAACAGUAUCCGUCUUGCAAUCAGACUACCCAGUGGACGCGUAGUCCGCUCAUUCCCGUCCGCCACAACUGUGACGGCGCUUUAUGCCUUCGUAGACAGCCAAAUGAUUCCCUCAAGCAUGAAUUCCCAGGAUGACCCAGAGCAUCCACCUGAAGGUUCCGGCGGGGGUAUUGAAAUUCUGGAGAAGUAUAUUCAUUCACAGGUCCAGGGUCCGGAGUCAUGGUGGGGAUUCAAGCUUGCUCUUUCAUACCCUAGGCGGGAAAUUAAAUGGAAGGCGAACACUUCGCUGGCCGAGGCUGGACUCAAAAAUGGAGAACAACUUGUCAUGGAAGUCACGAGUAAUGUGGUCAAUGGCAAGAAACCUCUUGGACACGACUCAGAUGACCAGUACGAAUCUGAAAGUGACUGAAUUUAUGGAAGGGAAUAGACACUUCCGCCGUCGGACUAUUUAUACAACAUCAUCAUUGGCUUAGGAUAGUUCUUACGAAUGAUUCAUAGUUCACAUUGCCGUCG